AUGUUUCUCCAACAGGACAUCCGCCUGGAUGCUAGAUCUUUCCUGCAUGCGCGAGACAUCUCGAUCAAUCGCGGUUGUUUCUCUUCUGCCGAUGGAUCUGCCAUGGUCAAGGUGGGAAGGACAGUGGUAGCAGCAGGGAUCAACCUGAGCGUCGUGUGUCCAAGUGCUUCAAGGGGAGCGGAGGGAAUCGUGAGAGUGACGGUGGAAUUUGGGCCAGCAUGCUCCUCACGGUUCCAGCACUUCAGGUACAGGAAGGCAAACUUGAAGGCUCAGGCUCUGUCAGCGCACCUGACGAGGGUCAUCAAUGAAGCAAGAGUGGUGGAUCUCUCAGCUCUUGUUAUGAAAGAGGAUGCUGCUGUGUGGGUCGUCGACGUCCACGUCACCUGUCUGAAUCACGGAGGAAACCUCGAGGACGCAUCGAUGUUGGCAGUGCUGUCAGCCCUGGUGGACACGAAGCUUCCUGCUGUUGAGAUGAAGGAGAACGAUGUAAUGGCUGAGGUUGAGGGAGAUUCGGUGCCCCUGGUGAUACAGUCGUUCCCUAUCAGCCAUACGUUCGCCUUGUUUGACUUCGGAGACGUUCCCGUGAAAGUCCUGGUGGACCCUACAGACGAGGAGGAGAAGCACUGUCAUUCGAUAGUCUCAGUGAUCCUGGACGUCCAGAGGGGGGCGGAAAAAGAAGAGGAGCAUGCGUUCUUUCUCAACAAGUCAGGAGGGCUGCCUGUCAGCAGAAAACUUUUGCAACAAGUCAUCUCAGAAGCAAGAAAGCGAACAGAGGCCAUCUUGAACAAGUUUUUCCCUGAACAAAGCACACUCCCAAUGGAUUCAAGCAAGUGA